CCGUUCGGUUGGCAACGUAUGGUUUGAUAAAAGUGACGCAAACUUCAAAGCAGUGAAUUUUUGUAAAAGCAUAAUGUUUGAAAAUUUCCAAAAAUCAAAUGGCUGAUACGUUUUUUGGUUUUGAUACGGCGUUAGAUAACGGGGAUCACUUGCUGCCGCCAGAUGAGGACGAUUGCGUAGAGAACGAAGAAGAGGAAUAUGACGCCCUCAACGAUGAGACUUUUGGAGGUCUGGAAGACAGCUCGGUUCUCGAUGACUGGGAGCAACAACACGAGCAGUACGCCGAAUUCGCUGAAAGCAAUAAGCAUUCGGAGCAGAUCGAGAACUCGAUUUCGCUCUUAAUGCUCGACGAGCCAGUUAAUGAACCAACCAAUUUAUCAAAAAAUUCGAUUUGGUCGUAUACUCCACCAAACAAAAAUGGCGAUAUUUUUAACUCGUCGAUCAUCUCGUCGCUGCACAAGGCGUCGAAGUCUUUCAUUGAGACGCGCUCGGACUCCAAUCGUGUUAGCGAAGCACACAAGAACUUCACGCAGUCGACGCCGCUUCCGUCGAUACCUAUAUCACCAAUCCAGCAUGUACCCAAGCAAAUACGUACUGUAGAAGAACUGGAGAAAAAUUUAAUUAAGAACUCGAAACAGCAGCCUGUACAAAAACCAGCAGUUCCUUUUCCUCAUCCUAUGUUCCAGCACCCUUUGCAGAAUCCUAGGUUACCGCCCGGUUUGCCUCCUUUAGGAAUCCCUCCGCCUGUACGGCAUAUGCCUUUACCUCAUCACCCGAUUCCUCCAGGAUUAGUACAUAUGUUACAGCCCCAUUUUAUGCACCAAGGGGGCCCUCCGAGACACUUACUGUAUCCUCCAGGCAAUGCUCAAUUCCCAGUGACGCAUCCAUACAAUUUUCCUCCUCCUCCUCCGAGAAAUAUUAUUCCUCCGAAUACGAACCACAUGAACAGAAAUAAUAUGCCGCAGAGGACGAGGAACGAUAGUUAUAAGCAUAAGGAGAAUCAUGAGACUAAGGACGAGUAUGCUGGGUUGAUGACAAACAGAGAGAAACAGUGGCUGCUGAACAUACAAAUGUUGCAGUUAAAUACGGGAACCCCGUAUUUCGAUGAUUACUACUACACGGUUUUUAAAGAACGUAAAGCGAAGAAUAACAAAGAGAAUUUCCCCAAUGAGAGGAAUCAUAGAUAUCAAAACAAUCGGCAGCAGAGAAAUAAUGAUAGACAGGACAACAACAAUACUUUAACGCCUCGUGUGUAUACACCUCUGCAGUUUGAAAACUCGUUAGGAAAACUACAGUGCGGCUCAGUGACCGCCCCUCGUAAGAUCAUCGACAUGGACAUCGUCACCCCCGACAAGGACGCGGACAGCCCCGUGGUGGUCCGCGACACCCGGAAAACCAAACAGCUCCUUCUGGAACUCGAAGCCCUUUUCUCGCUCCUCCUUAAGGCGGAGGACUUACGCAAUCCCCUCGCCAUAAGCAACAUGGACAAGCUCCGCGAGAUCAAGCAGAAGCAGCGUCUCAGGGAGCUGGAUCUGGCGCCGACGCCCGAGCAGAAGCAGGAGGUGUUGAAGCUGCUAAAGCAAGACAGCGAGCCGAUCGUCGAGAACCCGCUCGACUACAUCGUGAAAAUUGUUAAUGCGUUGUUACACGAAGAUAAGUUUUCUAGUUUUUUGAAUAUAAGGAAAGGCAAGAUGUUGUUGCUGAGGCUUUUACCGCACCUGGCGUCGGAGAACUUCGUGGGGCAGUUGUUGGAUGUUUGGACGAGGAUUUUGUUGAGUAUACCGAUCGUGGGGCGGAGGGACACGACGGGAGAUCAUAUCUUGCCGAAGUUCCAUCCGUUUUUUAAGAGGUAUAUACAGACGUGUACAAUGGGUGAUAUUUUGGAUAUUGUGACUGGGCUGGUUGAGGUGAUAAGGCAGGAGAACAGCAGGAGCACGCCUUUGAGCCAUCAAGGGAAGGCGCCGCUGUAUUUCGUGCUGCUGAAUAAGUUUGGAGUUUCUGCUCUAGUGACGAUGUUGAUCCGAACGGAAUACCUGAUAUCAUCAGAGACUGCAACCGAAAAACAACAAAACGACUGGUCCAACUUCUUGGUGAGUUGGGCGGAACUGACAGGAGUCGUAAGCAAAGUGGCUACACCCCUAGAACCCAUCCCAAAACAGAUUUUCGUCAAGCACAUUAACCGCUUUGAGAAUCUAAUAAACGAUAAAAAAUCCAACUUAGAGAAACACUUCGUCGAUACAAAUUGAUCAUUUAUCUAUAUACAUAUAUUUUUAAUUUUUAUGUUAUUUUUUAGAUAGGCAUCAAUGGUUUUAAAGAACUGUAAAAAGGUCUAUAACUUAUUUUAUUGUAACGUUGUUUCAUCCUUUUUUUAUAUAUAAAGUCAGAGUUGGAUGUUAAAAUUUGUUAUCUGUAAACAAUCUUGAUUGUUACGAUGUCACGCUUUUUUAUUAUGUAAUUAAUUUUAUUGUAAUCAUGUGCGUCCGAAUUAAUUUUCUCUAUUAAUUAUUUUUGUAUAAUUAGUAAUUUAUUGGAGUUUUGUACUUUGUUAUGUAUUGUGGAAUCGCACGACUCGCAUCACCGCUUCCCUUUUUAUCAUCUUAAUUAAUUUUAUCGUGAAUUAAGUCUAUCGUAAUUAUUGAAAGUUACUGUUGAAUUGAGCGGCAGAUGCUAGUUUGUAAAUUAAACAAUUUUCGAGCUAAUGCAAAAUAUUUGUUUUCAAUUGCAUUAGUUGUAACGUUCCUUGAAACGAUUUGAACUAGUGAUAGCGAUUCAAGGAGCACCUAGAAAAUUAAGUAAAUUACAGAACAAAUUUAUUUUCCAGAUAUCUAAAUAUGUUUAAAAGAUAUCACGAUAUUAUCUAUAAUAAUUCAUGCUUUUUCAAAUAGAUAGUGAAUGUCAAACAGAUAUAUGUUAAUAAAAAGUUUGACCAA